GUUCCUAUGGAUAGUUAACUUCAAUUCAAUCAACGAUGAACAUUGAAACUGCUUCUUUUAAACUUCAUCUUCACUUCAUCGUUUAAAAAUGUCUUUACCAAGGUUACAAUUGCGCAUAGUUCGCUGCAACCCACAAUAUUAUAUUCGUGAAUCUUUUCUUUCCACUUUUUCACAACCUAUUCAAAGACGAUUCUUAAGCACAAAUCCCCAGUACAAUUCAAUAAUAUCUACAAAUUCAUCAUCUCCCGCCGAUCCGCCUCAGUCUAGUCCCAAUCCCAAUCCCAAUCCCAAUCACAAUCCCAGCCAUGCUCCUAAACGGAAGCCUCUAACAAAAGAGCAAAGUGAAUUUCUCUCUUCAGCUCUCCGGGUGAACCAAGCAGGCGAAUUAGCUGCUACUCUGAUUUAUACUGCCCAGACGCCACCACUUGUAAAUGCUCACCCACAUCUUCGGCCACUGAUGGCCCAUAUGUAUGCCCAAGAAGAAGGCCACCUCAAGACCUUCAAUUCCCUAAUCGCCAAGCAUCGUGUGCGCCCCACGGCCCUCUACCCACUAUGGUCCGUUCUAGCGACGGGCUUGGGCUGGUCAACCGCAGUUAUGGGGCGCGAAGCUGCAAUGGCCUGUACUGAAGCUGUCGAGACUGAGAUUGGCGAUCAUUAUAAUAAUCAAAUAAGAACCCUGCUUGAAAUGUUCGAGCAAUGGGAAGCUGAAGGGUACGAAGUAGGCGACGAGUUCCAGGAUCUUGUGAAAACGUUGCGACGCAUUCGAGACGAGGAGUUGGAACAUCUCGAUCACGCCGUUGAUAACGAUGCGAAGAAGGCCGAGCCACACUGGCUCUUAACUGGUGCCAUUCGGCUGGGAUGUCGUGGUGCCAUUUGGGUUAGUGAAAAGGUAUAAAGCUCGAGAUUCUCUCGAGUCUUGAUGGGUAGGCAUCAUUACUUUAUGUUUAGCUCUGAUAUUAUUUUAUAAUAUAAUCAGAGAGAAGCAAUGGGAUAGGUAACGUUUCAUAUCAACCUCGAAGUCUUCUACCUACCUUCCCAACCUGGAGAACCUCACACUACAGGACUAAUCUUAUGAUUGAUUUCCCGAGGCCAAAGUUGGAGCGAAUGAGUCUCGUCUCUGUUGCCAAUGGCACUGCUCUUUGUAUAUUGUACGAUAAGAUGGGCCUACAGAUACAUCAUCACUACUCCGUUCCGUCAUAGCAAAUUGCCUAUGGCCAUACCGUUCACACGCAAGGAAGGGUAUUUUGAUUCAACCUAGCUUUUCAUCAG